GGUUCAUGUUAACACAUGGAUAUCACGUCAUCAAUUAAAUAAGAUUUCAUACAUCAAAUAUUGAAAACCAAGAAACUUUAUAGUAGUAAAAUAAGAUUAACCAGAAUACAUACAUAUAUAAGUCUUUGAGUUCAUCAUUUCAUAAUUUCUUGUUAUUUAGUGAAGACUGUAAUUUGAUGAAGAAUUUUUGGUUCAUCAUUUCUCGUUCUCAUUGAAAGAUUGACUUGUGGGGUUUGCAGGUUCCAAAAAGGAUAUGGCUUCGUCUUCUUCACCUCCGCCUUUUUCUAUACCCCCAACUCAUAGAGGAAAGCAUGAUGUAUUUAUUAGUUUCAGAGGCGAGGACACCCGCCGUACUUUUACCAGCCAUCUUCAUCAUGCCUUACUUAGCAAGAAUAUCGAAACCUACAUAGAUUGCAGAAUUCACAGAGGAGAUGAAAUUGCACCAUCCCUUCUUGAUGCUAUCGAGAAAUCAAAGCUUUCGGUGAUCAUUUUCUCACAGAAAUUUGCGUCUUCCUCAUGGUGUUUGAUUGAACUGGUGCAUAUAAUGGAAUGCAAGAAAAAAAAAGGCCAAUUUGUUGUACCCAUUUUUUACGACAUCAGUCCUUCAGAUUUAAGGAAAGAAAACGGGAUUUAUGCAAAUGCAAUUGCUGAACACGAAAAAUGCUUAAAGGGCAGUAUGGGCAAGGUGCACAAGUGGAGGGCUGCUUUGGCGGAUGCUGCCAAUCUCUCUGGGUUUGAUAAUUCAAGCAAAACAGGGACGGAGGCUGAAUUAGUUAAGAAAGUUGUAGACGAUAUUUGGACCAAAUUGAAUGAAAAAUCAUCAACUGUUUUGAAGGGCCUGGUUGGAAUGGAAAGACGCUUUGAACAAAUUGAGUCGUCAUUAUGCCUUGAUUCACUUGAUGUUUACAGUAUAGGUAUCUGGGGCAUGGGUGGCAUUGGCAAGACAACUCUUGCUGAUGUUGUGUUUCACCGACUCUCUUCUAAAUUCGAAGCUUCUUGUUUUCUUGGAAAUGUUAGAGAGAAAUCAGAACAAAAAGAUGGACUAGUUCACUUGCGAAAUACACUUCUUGGUGAGAUAUUAAGGGAAAAAGAUCUAAAUAUCGGCACUCCAACAAUAGGAUCAGAUCUUGUGAGAAAGAGGAUGGGGUGUAUGAAGGUCCUCAUUGUUCUGGAUGAUGUAAAUGAUGCAAACCAAUUAAGUUUUCUAGCCGGAGAUCCUGUUUUAUUUGGCCCUGGAAGUAGAAUCAUUAUAACAACUAUAGAUAGGAGCCUACUCCAAACAUAUGUCGACCAUAACAAAAUAUAUGAGGUUGAGAGAUUAAAUUUUGAUGAAGCACUUCAACUCUUUCAUUUGAGUGCUUUCAAAAAUAACACUCCUAGAGAAGAUUAUACGGAGUUGUCAAAAGUUGUGGUAGAAUAUGCUGGAGGAAUUCCAUUAGCUCUUCAAAUUUUGGGUUCCUCAUUCCUUCACUGUGAGAGCAAAGCAGAUUGGGUAGAGGAGUUGAAAGAAUUUGGAAACGAAAAGAUCUGGAAAGUGUUGAGACAGAGUUAUGAUGGAUUGAAUGAAAAUGAGAAGGAGAUAUUUCUUGAUAUAGCAUGUUUCUAUCAAGGGAAAGAUGUAUACAUUGUAAAUGAAAUGUUACAUAUGUAUGGUUUUCGUGCAGCGGGAAUCAGAGUUCUGACCGAUAAGUCUCUCAUAUCAGUUUCAACAAAUAACAGCCUGGAGAUGCAUAAUUUGUUACAAGAAAUGGGUAGGGAAAUUGUUCGCAAACAAUCUAUUGAAGAGCCCAGAAAAUGCAAUCGGUUGGUCAUUGUUGAGGAUGUCAAUCAUGAAUUGAAAACCAAUACCGAAAAGGCAAUGAUUCAAGCCAUUCUCUUUAGCAGGUCUGGGAUUAGAGGGAUGCACUUGAAUCAUGCGGACUUCAAAAAGAUCUACGAUCUAAAAUUGCUAUAUGUUUAUAGCUCUAGCCGUAACAUGUACUGCAAAGUAAAAGUUUCUCUUCCCCAUUCUCUUACUUAUCUUGACUUGGAAGGAUACCCAUUCAAAUCUUUUCCAUCAAAAAUUUCUUCAGAGAAUCUUGUCGAGAUUCAAAUGCACAACAGCCACAUUGAGCAACUUUGGAACGAAGGCCAGAAUCUUAGGAACUUAAAAGUGAUGGAUCUUGGUUCGUGUGAUCGUCUGAUUAAAGUUCCAGAUCUCUCUCAAAGUCCAAACAUUGAGCAUAUAGAUCUUUAUGGGUGUAAAAGUUUGGUUGAAAUUCCUUCGUAUUUUCAGUAUCUCGAGAAGCUUAGUUAUCUAAACCUGACAGACUGCACAAAACUCAAAUACCUUUCAGAGAUGCCACACAGUAUUGAAUACUUAUAUUUAGAUAGCACCGCAAUAGAGGAAUUGCCUUCAUCAGUUUGGUCUCUUGAAAAACUUUGUUCCCUGGAAGUUCACUUUUGUGAAAACCUUAAGAAUCUUCCAAGCAACACUUGUAAUUUGAAAGUAUCCGGUUCUUUUAGUCUAAAGGGCUGCUCAUCUCUUGUCGAGUUUUCUAAGCUUCCCAGGAAUAUAACAGAGUUAGAUUUGAGUGGGACAGCAAUUGAAGUAUUGCCCGCAUCACCACUGGAGUGUCUCCUUGGUCUUGGUGAGAUUAAACUGAACAACUCCAAAAUGCUUGUGAGUCUCCCAGAAAGCAUUGGUAAUUUGAAAUCACUUGAGAGACUUGAUCUGAGCGGAACCGCGAUCAAGAGCCUACCUGCAAGCAUCAAAGAAGCUUCUCGGCUGCGUUGGCUGUGGUUAACCAAUUGCAGGAGCCUUGAAUCUUUACCAAAGCUUCCAGGCGUACGUUGGCUUCAGGCACACGGCUGCACGUCACUCAACAGAGUGAGUUUAAAGACUGCGCUUGUUCUAGAUUGGGAUGAAUAUAAACAUUUUCGAGGGAUUCAGGAGCAAUUUACAUUUUCAAAUUGUGGAGUAAUGGUUCGGCAUGUUCGGGGUUAUAAUAGCAGAUGCGCUCAUUCGAAUUAUGCGAAUGGCAACUGCAUUAUCAAAGUACCUUGAACAAGAAGAAAUUGAAGUAGCAUCUCAUCUACAACUUGAAGAAGAAAGUAAUGAAUAUGUUUUCAGAUCCUUAAUUUGCGUUGUAUGUAUCGGUGGUGAAAUUCCAAGUUGGUUCCGUGACAGUUGUGAUCAAUCUUCCAUAAGGAUCAAGCUUUCUCCAAAACAUUUUGGUGGAGACUUCCUAGGUUUCGCUUAUUCUGCUGUUGUUGCAUUCGACAACUAUAAUGUAAAAGGGAGUUUGAAGCUUGGAUGUAAGAUUAAUUUCAAAGCCAAUGGUGACCAUCCUUUCUGUCAUCGGAGUUACGUGGUUGCCGACUAUGGAGAAAUCAGUGACUGCAGCUUCAACACGUCUCACGUAUUCAUCUGGUUUAGUACCUUUGACCGGGUAGAGAAAGGAAACUUGAAUGGCGUCACGGAUGCCAUUUUUGAAUUUUACCCAGUAAUAGACCAGCGUCCUGAUGGGAGAGCCGUUGAUUGUUCCAACAUCAUUGUGACAAAGUGUGGAUCUUGCCGUUGUAUUUGGGAGAUGAUUGGAAAAUAAAAGGUUUAAAAACUUCGUAUGCCGCAGUUGAUUUGAUGUCAAAAAUGGUGACAAGUCGACAGACACAACGCAGCUGAUCGAUCCAAAAUGGGGUCUCCUUCCGAUGAUGUAUAAUGUAUAAGUACAAUGGUAAUAUGAAAUGUAUAAGCACAGUGGUUAUACAAAGUUUCUGUGAUAAUGUGCUGGAAAUGGUCGAAAGCUAUUCUAGAUGUACAUGUAAGGUCCUCCUUUCUGCGAUGUGGAAUUCAUGUAUGCUCUCAACAAACUCAACCUCUGUCUAUAAGACUUUUCUAAACCAA